UUUUAUUCAAUUUGAUGGAAUUGUAAGAGUUAUACCUACCGAAACACUCAGUAUCAAUUUGAAAUUAAUAUUGUUUUGCUAAAUAUUGAAAUAAAUUAUUUUGUUUUUUUUUUAUUCGAUGUUUUAAAGUUGCGAAUUGAUUUUCCGGAGAAUAUCCUACAGUGAAUAUGAUUUUAUUUAUAACAUUGCUCGCCUACACAUUAGCCUGCACAAACGGACUGACAAUAACUACUCCGACCGACGAAGCUAACUCAACAGCAUCGAAAACUCAAGACAAAAGGAGUCUCCUCAUCGGUGACCUAAGCUACAGUUACUCAGCAACCGAUAUCGGUUCCAAUGAAGGAUCGCAUGUUAAGACGAUUACUGUCAUCAAAAACAUUGGAGCGCCAAAAUAUCACAAACAUUUGCCGCAUCAUCCAUACGACGGAUGGGAUAGCGACUCAAAAAAUCGAUUCAAUUUUGUGUUUAAAUUUCCAGAAUUUCCACAGAUUGAUGCUGGGACGUACUUUCACACAGAAAAGCCCCGAAAAGCUGUGCCAACGAAACAACCAACUAAUCGACAAACUCCAGUUUUCAAUACGGACUUUGACACAAACGAUUUUGACGAUCAGCCAAAUCUCAAUGCCAAUAAUACGGGCCCUCAAGUAUUUGAAACUAAUCCAGAGACCUUGCCCGAUCCGAUGCCGAUGGUGAAUACUGAAACUCCAGCUUCUAGGGAACCAUCGGACGAUGUGGAAUACAUACAAACUGACGGAGAAAAAUCGAAAUUAUUGAUGCCUACAGCAGCAAUGUUCCACAGUAAAAAAGUACAGCCGACUCGGACAAGUACAGCUCAUGGAUUGCGUAGCUCGAACACCUACUGUAAAACUUGCGACAACAAGCAAUUUCAGUCACAUCGACAGACGCCUGACUUUAUCGAAGAUUUCUCUGACUUUUCAAUGCAUAAUGUGAAGCAUAUUGUCGAUCCUAUGAAAGUGAAGGAUUCAAUUUUGAAAUAUACACAAAACCAGCCUAAUCUUGAUUUGAAGAAACUGACAAACAUUGAGUCAAACACAAAAGACAAAAAAUUUGACUCAUAUGGAAAUGUUGUUCAGAAGUCUCAGUCAUUGUUGGAUGCAAGUCAACCAUACAAGAGUAAAUUAGAAUCGAAUGCUCAGGAGUCAAAACGUCCGUACCUAUCCCCCUCGCUGAAAAAAACGUAUAAUUCACCAUCACAGCCAUCACCAUCACCUACUAAGAUAACAACCACAACGACGCCAAGCAAAGGCUUACUAUUUUUCAGCACCACACAAAAGGCUUAUGUUGCUCCAAAGAAGUCAAAACUAUCAGAGAAUUCAAAUCCAGAUAGUUCUUUCGCCAAACCAUCAACAGAAAAAAUUCAACAACCAAUGUUCUCGAUGCAGUUAAAAACUGAUAAUCGCGAACAAGUGCCGGAGAAACGCAAUCCGCCUCCACAACAACUUAAGGAAGAAAAGAAACCCUUUCAUUCCUAUUCCAUACGCAAUCCAUUAACUACCAGUUUACCCGUACAACAUAAUCGCCCGAAGUUUCAGCACGGAAAAUUGCAGUCCUAUGUCGCUGUUCCUAUAGACGCUGACAUACCGAACAAGCAACAUCUCCUAACUAUGCCGAAACGUUACGUACGACAUCAUAUCGUUUUCGACAGUAAACCACCUCAUCCUUUUUUGGAGUCUCCAUUUCAACCAGUCAAAGCCGUUUUGAUGGGUUGACGAUUGGGUAGACACAGUUUCUAGAGAUAUUUUUUGUUAAGACGAUCUGUUUGUGAUUUGUUAAUUAAAUUAAAAUUUAUGUUAGUUA